GCCAUAGGAACGUGAAAAGCUUCUGCCUGUGUGUGUAGGUUCAUGUCCUAGCAAGCACCAUGAUGUUGAGUGAUCUAUACACAAACGCUUGUUCAAAAUGGGACAUAGCCAUAAAUACUUACAUUCUACAAGUACUUCAAGACACACGUGGCACACAGAUCAAACUGACUGGAAACAACCGACUGAAGGAGGUGCAGAGACUAAAUGACAGUGACAUGCUGGCUGUUUCGCAAACUCUGCUUUGCACAUCUAUAACAGAUUUAGACCUAAGAUAUAAUAACAUCACAGACCAGGGAGCAAAGCAUGUAGCAGAACUUCUUCAGGAGAAUUCAUCCAUUGAAUCUUUGGAUUUCAUGUGUAAUGACAUUGAGGCCGAGGGUGCAGAGCUGAUAGCCCAAAGUCUUCAUUCAAACACAACACUGAGGUCCCUGAGAUUGACAGGUAAUAAGAUUGGAGACAAGGGAGCCAUGCACUUCGCCAGCAUGCUGCAAAUGAACACCAAGCUGGAAGUGCUGGACUUCUGCAACUGUGACUUGGGCACUCAAAGCUUGAUAGCCUUUUCCAUCGUCCUAAACGGCAACAAAAAUGUCAAGGCCAUCAACUUGAGUCGGCCGUUGCUCUACAGCUAUCAGGAGGAGACCACUGUUCACAUGGCUCGGAUGCUGGUCGUUAACCAGACGCUGCGCGAGCUGCAUCUGGGGAAACACCAGAUGACGGAUACGGGCGUGGAGAGGCUGUGUGAGGCCCUGCGAGUAAACCGGAGUCUACGCUACCUGGACCUCGCCUGUAACAGGAUUACCAGGGAUGGUGCCAAAUGCCUGGCAGAGGUGCUGAAACAAGGCUCUACCCUGGAGAUACUCGACCUGUCUGCCAAUCGCAUCGAGGAUGAUGGAGCUGUACAUCUGAGCCAAGCUAUUGUGGUCCCUCACUGUAAACUCAAGGCAUUGUCCAUUCCCAGCAACAACAUCAGCACUGUGGGUUUGAUGUCCCUGAGCAAGGCUAUGGAGACCAACACCUCGUUAACUCACAUCUACAUCUGGGGAAACAGACUGGGGGAAUCUGUGUGCAGGGCCUUUGCCAAACUGAUGAGGACAGGGCGGCUGCCGGAGACCCAGACGGACGUCUCUCCCUACAGGGUGGACGGCCGCCUGUGUCUGGCGGAGGUGUUCCACGGCCUGCGCCGCCAUUACUACUGGACCCCCACCUACGGCCAGGACGGGGACUACGCCAGCAACUCAUCACUCACCUUAUGUGCCGAGUCAAACACCUCCCAGUAGCUUCCAAAAGUGUAUAAAGUAGAAGUAGGAGUACUGUUACGGAUGUAGUAAUUACAGCACCACUAGUACAAUAUUGCAAAGUUGCAGCUGUGUGACGUCAUACAGUAGCCCUAGUGUUGUAAUUACAAUUGUAACAGUAGGCUACUUCUAGUUCUACUUUAUACAACUCUGGUAGCUUCCCAUCCCAUCACUAAAAUGAAGAAGCUCAAUGAUAAUGCUGAUAAUAAAUAUACACAAACAUGAUCUUAAAUACAUUUACCUAGUUUUAUCUUAAAAAAAAAAAAGAUACUAUGUGUUUUCAGUUGCACAAGUAUUAGGUCAAUAUCCGUUAGGCUUUGGAGGAUGCUUUGAAUCAUUUUCAGUCAAUUUACCAUUACCAUACAUUUCAGUUUUCCUGAAUAAGCUUACUCAGUAAUUCCUUGAGUUUCCAAUCUGAAAAUGCUAGUAUAAAACCACUGUAUCAUUGUACCCGAAGGUAGAUUUUAGUUGCAGGUAAAAGCUUACACACAAUUCUACACACAACACAAGAUUAAUGACAAUGACAGUAACAAGAGAAGGAAAAUAAACAACUGACACACAGACAAAUGCUCCAGAGAGAAUAUGUUAAAAAAAAAAAAAAGAUAAAUUAAA